GUUGCCUUUCGUAGCUUCUCAGUCGUUCCAUCCCAUAGUGCUUGUUCAGUGUCUAGGCUAGGAAGUGCACGUACGUACCUAAAUUUAAUUACGUUACACCUUUUUUACCCGCAUACAAUCGCGUAAUCAGUGAGCUGAUGAAGCCAUUCGUCUUAUCUUUUUCUCGUCGUCACUGUUAGCUGUACACUCAACUCUCUCUCUGCUUGUUAUUUAGUUUUGAUCGCCAUAAGGAUUACGUGUAUUUCGUGUGACUGCUUCAAGAAACGUAGAAAAUCCGUAUUUUUACUGCAAGGCUUUACGCGAUUUUGUGAAAUUUAAUACACGGGACCGUAGCAUAUCAAGAAACGAAAUGCAACGCAGGAGGACCCUGGGAAAGCGUCAUUUUGGCGAGUUUGGCUCCGCCAGUGGAUUCAUCACGAAGCGGAGCCGCUCGGACCAGGAAGUGCCUGCCAUGGAAGACAAUGGAUCUUCGUCUUCGUCGAUUGGAAAUGGAAGCAGCUCGAGUGGUAAUGGCGGCGCUUCGCCACGACGCCCCAACAAAGAAAUUCUCGCUAAAGUGCCCCGCUACGGAACUCCGGUGGAACGGACCCGGGUUCGUACAGCUGGACCGUAUGUGUUGGGUCACGAAUUGGGGACUAGCCCGGGGGUACCGCAAACGCAGUAUCUGGCUAGGAAAGACAACACCAACGAGUUCUACCUGUUGAAGAUCUUGAGCUACGACGUAGAAAGCGAGCUAGUAAACAAGGAAACACAGCAAGGAAAAACCCUGCUUCAUACGGAGUAUUCGCUACUUUCCCUGCUUACGGAUUUGGACGGAGUUAUCCAUCAUCAUGGACUGUUUUGUGAUUACGCUUUGGAAGAGAAGCAGAUAAAAAACUCUGAUGGAGGCGCCCAGUGGAUCUACACUGGAAGAGUGAAGCGACGUCUGAUCCUGGUACUGGACUGUGUCCAUGCUCAUGAAUUUUGUCAGCGUUCCUCGGCGUAUGUCAAUCUCCAGAAGUACGUCCAAGUGUACAAGUUCUCUGAAAUCGAAGCGCUCACCGUCUUCUACGAGAUCGUGAAAGUAGUUGAGCAGUUGCAUCAACGGAACAUCAUCCACCGGGAUCUGAAGCUGAACAACAUCGUUCUCAAUCGGCGCACGAACAAGGUCGUUAUCACGAACUUUUUCCUUGCGAAACAUCUCAACAGCGAAGAUGACAAUUUGUACGAUCAACGGGGCAGCCCGGCGUACAUUUCCCCCGACGUUUUAGCCGGGAAGCCAUACAAGGGCAAACCCUCGGAUGUGUGGGCUUUGGGAGUGAUCCUGUUCACAAUCGUUUUCGGGAAGUUUCCUUUCCUGGACACCACGCCUUCCGCUCUGUUCAAGAAGAUUAGACAGGCGGAUUACACCAUUCCACUAGACUCUCGUUCCUGCAGUCCUCAAACUAUCCAGCUUAUUCGCUCCAUGCUUACGCUGAAUCCAACAGAACGUUUCACUGCCUCUGAAGUACGCACGGACGUCGAACGAGCUAUCAGCAAUCUCCGAGGACCGCGCAUCGAAAUCGACCAAAUCGUUCCCGAAAUGGAAGAAUUCGAUCAACCAGAUACGGUCCCGAACGGCAAACCGGCCGAUUCCAAACCAAACUACCCCAGUCACGAGUUGUCGCGGGAGGCUUUCUCUCAAAUUCUUGAAUCUGGUCUCCAUCGAAGGGAGAACGAAAGCUUUUUGCGGCCGCGAUCACUUGUCAGCCGAAGUGGCUCGAUGAGGAACCAUUCGUCGAGUGUCCGACAUUACGCGCCCUUCGGGAAUCGAGUGGCAAUGCUUUCGAACAACAGUCUACGCAUCGCCAAUUCCGCCGGUAGAAGUCGACCUUCUGUGGAAACAAAUCUGAAUGAGGCGUUUGCAAUUCGAUCUCCAAAUACAAGGGAAGUCAUUCAGGUUCGCUUGUCACCGAUAACCAACAGUGCUGCGAAUUCGUUCGUAACUGCCGGGCAAACGCAGAAUGCCAAUCAACAGUCGCCGCAAUUGCAACCCCAGCAGGGUGCAUCUCAGCCGUCCCAACAGCAGCAGCAGGCUUCAUCGGUAUUCGUGCACGUGGACGCUCAAACCUUGAGCCACGUGAUCAACUUGCAAACCUCCAACGGACAUUCGAUUCCCAUUCAGCUGCCAACUUCAGCAGCAUCAACUGCCUCGAUUACUACACCGCCAGCAUUCCAAAAUCCCGCCAUACAAAGCUUGUACUCGGCCAUGAACGACAUGUUCGCCAGGGGACGGAUGCCACCGCCAAGUCGUGACGAGUCUCCCGAAUUCCAGGGAAUCGUCACCAACGAAAUGGCCAAUCGAAUCGUCGUUUGGUUGCUGAUCAACUUCCGCAGUCAUUCGAUAAUUCGGGAAAUCUUCGGCACCUCGUCCGGAAACAGGGUUAACAACGUACUAGAACUGCUGCGACGCUUCGGAGUGCAGCUGGAAUCGCGCGCCGGUCAAAUUGUGAUACGCAAGGAGCAAAGCAUCGACGUUCUGCUGUUGAUCACGUACUUGCUGCAAGUGGCAGGGCUGAACAACAACUACUUUCUCAACAGUCACCGAUCCUAACGAUUGGCCGCCAGGGUGCGAUUGUUGAUUUGGAACUCGGUCGACAGGAACUGACGUUGGGAAUGAUGUGGGUGAUAGCUCGUACUUUAGAUGUAAUAUAAACUAAUUGGAACUAC